UACCGCAUGCGCACCAUGUAUGCGCCAUGGCAUGCGGGCAUGUGCUGUUUCAUUCACGGAUACAGACGACAUGGCCUUAACGAAGACGACGAAAGUCGGCAUUGGAUGGUAGGAUAAUUGUUAUAUCCGGAGGGUUGUACGCUUUUGUCUUGUCCAAACGAUCCAUAGAACGCAAUCGGUAUGACAUGAUGAAAGCGAGGGAAAGUGUAAGAAACGCCAACAUUAAAUAGACUGAUAGAAAAGUUUAUCAAGACCUGAGCCAAGUUUAAUUGACCAUAUACUGUAACCAUGGCUGGUCUACCGCAGCUUGACGAAGAAAAACUUAAAUUAGUUCAGGAUCUAGAAAUAGAGAUGAUGACGGACAUGUACAAUCGCAUGACAUCUGCCUGCCACAGGAAAUGCAUUCCGCCAAAGUACUCCGAGCCAGAGCUCGGUAAGGGUGAAUCGAUUUGCUUGGAUCGAUGCAUCGCCAAGUACUUGGACGUCCACGAGAGAAUUGGCAAGAAACUCACCCAGAUGUCUAUGCAGGAUGAAGACUUUUUAAAGCAGAAAAAAAUAGAACAAACUAAGACGGGAUGAACUGAAUCACCUCUAUAUUGUUCCCUAGUUAGUUGUUUAAACUCUUAAGUAGUUUUCAUAAUAGUGUGACGUAUAAAAUCAAAAUAUAUUUAUCAGGUCAAGUCUCUCUGUCUCACGAGUUCAGCUUUGAAUUUUCCACAAUUUCUACACCAUAAGCAGGACUUUUCCCAAAUUCUUCCAAGUCCGUGUAAUAUCAUUCAUUAGAAACUAUCCUCUGCUCCACAACUUGUGUUCUAUCACCAAUGUACUAAAUGAGAAUGCAAUUAAUUAUCCACUACUGGAUUAUAUUGUUAAUUAGUACUUCUUUGACGUUUAAAUGCAAUUAAACUUGAUGAAACAUUUAA